GCUAUAGUGGCCGCCGCGGCAUGUGGGAAGCGUUCUCGAACGGGCAUCGCAGAGUUGCCGACGGAAAGCACCGAAUGACACAAGCAUAAACGCCGGGAGCGUCAGCGGCGUCGCGUCAGAUGCGCCAAGAGCAUAAAUACGUCUCCGAAGUUCGUUCAGCGUAAUCGUCGCCAGUUCUGGGUCAGGGACGCCGCAAGUAUUACCCCGGUCUUCCCACUGCAACGUUGAUUGCCGGUAAGGUUGCCAUGUUUCCCUGGGAGCCAGAGAGCCAAGACCUGAGGUGGCCUUGCAAGUACAGCAUCGAAGGCUGUCCUGCUAAACUCUCCCUCCGGUUCAAGUCCAUACACGAAAGAGUCUGCAAAUUCCGGCCGUGUCCUUGCGUGCUAGGUGCCACGUCAUGCACAUGGAACGGUCCACUCAAAGACGUCGCCACUCACAUUGCUCGGAAUCACAGCUUCAUACCAAAAUUUCAAGACGAGGACGUUGUGGCCACCGUGCCUGACUUUCAACGAGAGGAGGACUUCAGCUGGUUCGCUCUUCUGUCCUGCUUUCGCAAGGACUUCCUCUUGAUGCUCUUGAAGCGCAGGUGCCCCGAUGACGAAGACAAGUCAUGCUUCAUCGCCGAGGUACUGAUGAUAGGUCCUAGCAUCGAGACCGUGAACUUCGUUUACCGCCUCGAGUUUGUCGGCCAGCGCUCCCGUCUCAGGAUGGAGAGCAGGCCUGUGAGCGUGCACAGAAUUGCUGACAUUUCAGUGACCGGCGGCGGAGGCUUCCAGUUCGUAGCCGACAUCGUGCAACACUUCAGAGAUGGCAAGGACCUGAUCUUGAAUGUCAUCAUCUCAGAAUGCAACAAUGCCACCGAUUGGGAACAUUUAUGCAGGCCAGCUGACGGGGACGUAGCCGAGGAUAUCUGGGGAAGCCUUUCUGGUUAACAGCAGCAUCCGGGAAAUGACGUAAGCGUCAGCCUGAUUCCCUGCUAACGAAGACACUGCAGCAUUGACUCCUCGCGGUCCUUGUAACAGGCUACAAUUUAUGUCAAAUAAAUCCGAGUCGAUC